GAAGGUGUCAAGACCCCCAACUACUUCGGAUCCGUCGUUCAAGCUUCUACUCUAAAGCUCGGCGUCGAUCCUAAAGGGAAUGACGUUUACAUUCCUUUCAAUCAGAUUUUGCCCAUGGUUCAUCCCAACGACUUGGUUCUCGGAGGUUGGGACAUCAACUCUUUCAACCUUGCACAAGCAAUGGAACGCGCCCAAGUUCUUGAUUAUGAUCUCCAACGUCAACUCGCACCCAAGCUUGAAAAAAUGAUUCCACUGCCUUCCAUCUAUUAUCCAGACUUUAUUGCAGCCAAUCAAAGUGACAGAGCCGACAAUCUCAUUCCUGGAAAUAAUAAGAAGGAACACCUAGAACAUAUUCGUAACGAUAUUCGACAGUUCAAGAUCGCCAAUCAGCUCGACAAAGUCAUUGUUGUUUGGACAGCCAACACUGAGCGAUAUGCCGAAAUCAUUCCAGGCGUCAAUGAUACCGCCGAGAAUAUUCUUGGAGCAGUCGAGCAAAGUCAUCCGGAGAUUGCGCCUUCCACGAUCUUUGCGUUGGCUUGUAUUCUCGAGAAGACACCUUUCAUCAACGGCUCUCCUCAAAACACCUUCGUUCCUGGUUGCAUCGAACUCGCGGAGCGCGAGCGUGUGUAUAUUGGUGGAGAUGAUUUCAAGUCCGGUCAGACCAAAGUCAAAUCCGUGUUAGUUGAUUUUUUGGUGAAUGCCGGUAUCAAACCAAUUGGUAUCACUUCUUAUAACCAUCUUGGUAACAACGACGGCAAGAAUCUGUCGGCUCCACAACAAUUCCGAUCCAAGGAAAUUUCCAAGAGUAAUGUGGUUGAUGAUAUGGUUGCGGCAAAUCAAAUUCUUUAUGAACCCGGCGAGCAUCCCGAUCACGUCGUUGUUAUCAAGUAUGUUCCAGCCGUCGGCGAUUCCAAAAGAGCUUUAGAUGAAUAUGUUUCGGAAAUUUUUAUGGGAGGCAAGAAUACAAUUUCCUUGUACAAUACAUGUGAAGAUUCCCUCCUAGCAUCUCCACUUAUCUUGGAUUUGGCUAUAAUCACCGAAUUGAUGACUCGCAUCGAAUAUCGUACUGAUGAUGCUGCGGAGUUCGCACCAUUUGAUGCCGUCUUGUCCAUUUUGAGUUUCAUGUUGAAAGCACCUUUGGUGCCUGUUGGGACUCCCGUUGUUAAUGCGUUGAGCAAGCAAAGAAUGGCAAUGGAGAAUCUUUUCCGAGCCUGUAUUGGUUUAGCACCUCAAAAUGAAAUGCUCUUGGAGCAUAAAGCACCUUCUCAAAGAAAUAUUUAA